AUGGCCAAGCUACAUGCGGUUAUCUCCUUCAAACCGGAGGGAUCUAUCGAGGUGAAGAUCGGCCAUACAUCCACUACGACCCCACAAGUGGAGCCUUGUGAUCUAGUAUCCCCCAGAUCGGUGGAGUACAUACGCAAGGUAGGCAUCAUGAACGUCAUGGGCGGUCGAACGUCGAGAGACGAAGAUCUACUAUCGCUCUCCGCCAAAGGGACCCGAAAUCUAAGCCAGUCUUACGAUUUGAUCGAUACGCUCAAGGCAUAUAAAUCGCUGAACUCUGAGUGUGGUAUCUACCCCCAAAUCGACGACGGUAACCUCGACGACUCUCUAUGUGUAUCCGAAGAGGCCGUGAGCUCUGGCGAAAGUCUACCUACCAUCAAUAAGGACGACCUACCACCUCAGCAAGCCAUCAACCGAGAAUGGGUUGCAGAUAGCUCGGCCCCUCUAGGACGAGCUAGACCUCAAGUGCCGUGGAGAAGUCCGACAUCUAGGCCGCGAUAUAACUAUCAUAUGGCUAGGAAACGAGGAUUGGCAUCUAUUAAGGCCACCACGGGUGAGCGGAUGGAAAUGUUCCAUCGGGCACUCGAUGGUUACAUAUCCAAGGGCUUCUGUGCUAUCGUCAAGGAUAAUCGCCUCGACCCAUCUAAGCCAGAAGCAUCUACGUGCCAAUCUAUCUGGGAGAAGCUGAGUAAGGGCACCCCUUAUCAAGGGUCACUCGCCCCUCUGCCAGAGCACUUCACAGCUAGUCAUCUAGUCUACCGAGACCAACAUCCAACUACGCCUUGCCGUAUAGUCUUAGACUAUAGAGAGGCAAAUCUAUACUCUCUAAGAGGCGUUUAUCCGCAGAAUAGUCUACAUGGUACUCUACUCUUAUUGAGGUCAUCUAAGUACUUCGUUGCCG